GUUAAAUUGAUUAUGAUUGACAUAUUUUUAAAUAAUUCAUAUUAGAUAAUUGUUAGAUUGACAAUUGAAAGGGAAUAAAACUUAAAUGAAAAAUUAAAUUUUUAAUAUAAUGAACAUUUUAUUAGAAAAACUCAACCCAUUAAUCACAAAAUGUGGACUUGAUAAUACUGAUAAUCUUGAGUUACUUAGAGUACCAUGCAAAAAACUUGGAGUUCGUCCUGCUCAUCUUGUUUUUAGUUUAUUAGUUACUUCAUUAAUCAGUAUUGUUUUGGGAAUUGCAGCUCGAUUUUUAUCUACAUUUGUUUCUAUGAUUUAUCCUGCUUACCGAAGUAUCAAAGCUAUAGAAACAAGCAGUAUAGAUAUUUUAAUCAUUAUUUAUAGAUAAAGAUGAUGAUAAAUAAUGGUUGUCUUAUUGGAUCUUAUUUUCUAUUAUAACAUUAGCAGAUUCAACUAUUGGUUGCCUUUUGGAAUUUAUACCAUUUUAUCAUGUGCUUAAAUUAUCUAUUUUUGUUGUUCUCUUUCAUCCAAAUAUAAAUGGAGCUGAAAAAGUUUAUUUGACAGUAAUCUAAUUCUUUUAUAUCUUAGUUUGUUUAACCUCUUUAUUUAAAAUAUCAUUAAAAAAUUGAUGAAAAACUUAAUAAAGUAACAGAUAGAUUUUGAAAAGGU